GAUCGACGAAACGCGAUCAAGUACCUAUUCGACAGUGCCCCGGACGGAUAUCGAUAGAACAUUAGUGUCGCGAAACGCCAGGACGAUGGUUUUCGAAGAGUUAAGGCUUUGCAGCUCAGUGCCGAGUUCUCCCGUUUCGACCUCGCCAAAGAUAGCGAUCGUGCUGGGCAAUCAGGAUGGUGUGUUUGUUUCGGGAGGAGCGGUCACCGGCGAGGUUGUGCUUACCUUGAAAAAAGCAGCCGAGAUCAACGGGUUGAAGCUCAAAAUUACCGGCGCUGGAAGUACCAAGUGGCGGGAAAGCUUCGGACGAUCAACGAUCACAUUCAAGGGUGAAGAAAGUUAUUUGAACAUCGAACAGCAUCUAGUGGAUUUCAAAAAUAAGUCAACUAUUCUUCAAGCUGGAUUCUACACCUACCAAUUUCGAAUCGCUCUUCCCGGUGACCUUCCCACUUGGAUGGAGAAAGAUUUCGCCACCAUUCGUUACACCAUGGAAGCGGUCUUGGAAUACUCGGAACAGCGAACAUCAUGUUCUAGUAAAAUUUUGCGAAUCCUCGGACGCACCGAUUUCCACGGAACGAAUCAACAGCCAUUUGAAAUCGUCCAGAACAAAAAGAUCGGAUUUUGGCGGCCAAAAAAUCUGCAAGUAACGUUUGCUCUGCCCGGCACCGGGUUUCUUCCCGGCCAGAAUAUUCCGCUCCUCGUGCAGUUCGCUUCGGAUUGCGAUACCAAAAUUCGUAAAAUGAUACUCAUGCUCAUACAGUACAACUCGUACCACACGCAACUUCCUCAGGCGAGAAUCAAGCACGAGAAAGUUGUGCUACAGGAAGCCCUGUUCACCAGCAUACAGCUGACAACGAAACCGACCUGCAUCCGGUGUUACCUGAGGGUUCCGGCUACGACGGCCACCACUUUUAGCUCGGACCUCUUCAAAAUCAACUACAAACUGGUGGUCCAAGUUUAUACCGGCUUUGUGAGGCCAAAAUUUUUACUUUGUGAAUCAAUCACUGUAGGAAGAAUAUGAAAGGGAGUAUACUAUUGAACAGCAUGCAGCUAAACUUCAGGGAAUAGUGCACAUUGUUAUAAGAAGAACAUUGUCUUCUAAAAAAACAUUCCGUAUGUGUUUUGCAAAAUAUGAUACCUUCACAAACCAAAAGUUAUCGAAUGAAAGUUUUCCUUCAGCUGUGAAAAUUGUUGUAUUGAUUUUUUAUUUAAAUAUUAAAAACUCCCGCUAAGUGAAAAUUUUUCACUAUUAAAAGAACCAUUAGAAUUGUAAACUUGAAUCGAAAAAAAAAACAAAUAAGUUUUUAAGCUUGUCUAGUCAUUUCAGAAUAUCUAUGUGUGAAGCCUUUUUUUUCA